GAGGCGCGUGCCCCGGCUCAGUAGCGUUGGGGCUGGCGAGCGCGACGAAUCAGAGCAUUGCGCCGUCUGUGGGCGCUUCUGGGCCACCGGCUUCUCCGCCUUCCACCCUGGCGCCCCCAAGUCCUGGCUCCCCAUCCUCGCUGCCCAGGGCGUCGACGCCCUGCGGGCUCAGCGGGCUCAAUCUGCGCAGCGCCUCCUCCAUGUUGAGCAAACCUCUUCAGGGGCUCGCGGUGGCCCCCGUGACCCCCACACCACCGCCAGGAGGCAAGGAUCGGGAAGCGUUCGAGGCCGAGUACCGACUUGGCCCCCUGCUGGGAAAGGGGGGCUUUGGCACAGUCUUCGCAGGACAUCGCAUCACAGACCGGCUCCAGGUGGCCAUCAAAGUGAUCCCCCGGAAUCGCGUGUUGGGCUGGUCCACCCUGUCAGAGUCAGUCACAUGCCCACUGGAAGUAGCACUGCUGUGGAAGGUGGGUGCAGGUGGUGGACACCCUGGUGUGAUCCGCCUGCUUGACUGGUUUGAGACCUCAGAGGGCUUCAUGCUGGUCCUUGAGCGGCCUUUGCCUGCCCAGGAUCUCUUUGACUACAUCACAGAACAGGGCCCGCUGGGUGAAGAACGGAGCCGCUGCCUCUUCACCCAGGUAGUGGCAGCCGUUCGGCACUGCCACGCCCGUGGAGUUGUUCAUCGUGACAUCAAGGAUGAAAACAUCCUGAUAGACCUCCGCCGAGUCUCUAUCAAACUCAUUGAUUUUGGUUCUGGUGCCCUGCUUCAUGAUGAACCCUACACUGACUUUGAUGGGACAAGGGUAUACAGCCCCCCGGAGUGGAUCUCUCGUCACCAGUAUCAUGCACUCCCGGCCACUGUCUGGUCACUGGGUAUCCUUCUCUAUGACAUGGUAUGCGGAGACAUUCCCUUCGAGAGGGACCAGGAGAUUUUGGAGGCUGAGCUCCAUUUCCCUGACCAUGUAUCCCCAGACUGUUGUGCUCUAAUCCGCCGGUGCCUGGACCCUAAACCUUCUGCUCGACCCUCACUGGAGGAGAUCCUGGUGGAUCCCUGGAUGCAGACACCAGCUGAGGAUGCACCCCCUGAUACCCCUAAAGGGGGUUCUGCCCCUUUGGCCUGGUCCCUGCUGCCCUAGUUGGGCUGCCCCAGGGCCAUGCCACAGGAAUAGGACAUCUGUUGAUCUGGUUUUACAGGUCAUUAAAAAAUCCAGUGUUACUAGGGUCAGAGAUUGGGGAUCAGGGGUCAGAAAACAUAUGCCAAGUCUGCCCAGUCCCCAUCCCAAUCCUGUUAAGGAGCCUUCCUCCCAGAAUUUACAGUUUCUUAUUCUGGAGGGGGGACUUCCUUGCUUCUCAUUUUACUAAGUAUGUUUAUUUGGUUGAAGUUAAUUCCAUUCUGAGCCCCAGGAAUCUGUGUUACAACCCUUACACUGGCACCUCCUGCCUGCUACACCACACAAACUUAGUUGAAAUGCUCUAACUUGGGCAAGGGUGCUUUUGUUGGAAUACCCCAGCAGCUCUUAUUUUAGUAAAGGGACUGUUUCCUUUAGUGUAGGUUAAGAUUCCAUGUUCAGUCAAGCUGCUUGCCUACCUCAGCCCAGGGUUGAUUAUUCUGGGGGAGGUAAUGCCCUAUUGUUAUCCCAGGGCUUUUUUUUCUUUAUUUGUCUUGUU